AUGCCUCCAGACGACCAACCGCCAUCAGCUAAACCAACCAAAAGAAUCUCCACGCCUUGCGAGUACCGCCCCCUCGACCGCAAACGCGUUCCCGUCUCCCACGAGUACGUCGCGAGCCUCGAGUCGCGUCUCGCCUGGUUCGAAUCCUUCGUCCGCGGCCUCCGCGCCGCGACGCCCGAGGAGAGGGACGCGAUGCUUACCUCAGUCGCUGCCCUUGAGGAGACAUCGACCGUCAACGCCAGCGCCGACAACGCCGCCCCAGAACCGGAGGACUCGAACCGGACCGCCCCCGGUGACUACGUUACCCGCCUUGGCGUCCGCGCCCGCUCCCAAGCCCACCUGGAGCUCGGCUUCGAAGGCUCCCACCAGGUCCACCAGGGCGCAACCUCCAUCUUCCGCGCCGACACCCCCGACGACGUGGCGGCGUCGUCGUCGUCAUCGUCGCAGGGCCUCCCCUCCUUCUCCGGCGUAGAAUCCAAUUUCGAGUCCGUCAUGCAGCACUUCGGCCUCUCCAUGUCCUCCUCCGACAUCAUGGCGCCCCUGACCCAGUUCUUCCGCUGGCAGUACCCCCACUUCAUGUUCAUCUAUCGCGAGGCCUUCCUGCGCGACCACUUCGGCCACGACCGUGACCGCGAGCGCGCCAAAUACUGGUCGCCCGCCCUGCUGCUCUCUAUCUGCGCACUCGGCGCCCUCGUCGGCAUCGACACCAAAGCCCGCAGCGAGCGCUUCUUCCUCGCCGCCGAGAGCAUUGUCAUGGUCACGGGGCUAACGAGGCCUUCUGUCGCCACCGUCCAGGCCUUCCUGUGCCUGGCGCUGUACGAGAUCGGGAGGGGAAAUUCGUCAAAAGGGUGGGGGUAUUCUGGAAUCGCUUUCCGCAUGGCCCAAGACCUAGGGUUUCAGAGAGACCCCAAAGACUGGGCCCAGCACGACUCGUCGCUGGCGACGAAUGAGGACGUAGAGAUCCGCCGGAGGAUCUACUGGGGCUGCUACAUUUCCGACAAGCUCAUCAGCCUGAUCUUGGGUCGCCCGGUCUACCUCGUAUAUGAUGCCGCCGAAGUCCAACCCAUGGAGACGCUCCCUGAACCCCCCGAGAUGGCCCUCUGGCGCCCCGUGGGCUUCGACGAGGAAUACACUGAGCCGGUGCAGGCGACUUCCUCCAUGAUUCCCUACCUCCACGAGCAGAUCCGCCUCUCCAGGGUCAUAGAGAAGAUGAUGUCUACCCUCUUCUCGCCGCGGUCCAACCUGGAUGGCUUGAGCCGGCGGAUUUGCUUCGACAACCUGAACCUCGAAUUGAAUCGCUGGCGGGAAUCCUUGCCGAACUUUGCAAAGUGGCACAAGUGGGGAUCAUCAUCGUCAUCGAAACCAAUCCCUGGAGUACUGGCCCUGCAUCUUUUGUUCCACAGCGUUCGAAUCGCACUGAACUACGACCAAGCCGUCGCAUAUCGCGGGGGAGACGCCGAGGGGAAGCUCCGCCUGUACUGCGUCACGUCGGCGCAGGAUAUCACAUCUCUGCUGCGAACGUACAGGAGUCAGUAUGGGCUUCAGCAUGCUCCUCUCGUUUUUGUAUAUGGCACGGUGCAGGCAAGCCGCUCAGCAAAGGCUUUUGGCAUCACAGAAGAAAGCCAUUAUCUCAUGCAAAUGCUUGGAGAAUUGUCAUCGGCAUGGGGCCUUUCGAAAGAGGUCCUGGCCAGGGUAUGGAACUGCUAG